UAUAAUUAUCGAGCUCUUACAAUAUCCAGAUUAUUAAUGUCGCCAUCAUGGUACUAGAAACUCACCUUUACGAUAUACUAUCGGUGGAGCCUGCUGCUUCCACCGAGGACAUUGCAAGAGCCUACAAAAAGCAGGCACUCCGGUGCCAUCCCGAUAAAACUAACCACGACCCUGAGCUAACUGAGAAGUUCAAGGAGAUGACCCAUGCCUACGAGAUCUUACGAGAGAAGAAGUCCCGAGACGUCUAUGAUGCGUACGGGUUGGCUGGCGUGGAAGGAAACUACCAGGAGCCCAAAAGCAAACCCCCCAGAAGAAGCCAAUCCACCAGCACCUCCAACUUCUACUUCAACCCCGGAUUCCCGGGCAUGGGAAUGGAUAUGGGCACAUCGGGCUUCAGCUCGUCGACCAUGUUCACCCAGGUCUUCAAUGACAUCAAUAGCAUGUUUGCAAGCCAGUUCACGGGCGUCCCCCCAAACAAUGGUGCUCACCCAGCCAAUAUGAAGAAACAUGUGGAGCCUGUGGGGUCCCCGUUGGACCAAGAGUACGUCAGGGGCAAGGAUAUACAUCACACCUGCAAUGCUAAUCUUGCAGACAUGUAUUUUGGCAAGACUAUCAAGCUUCAGCUACCCAAAAACAGCAAGUGUAAAAUGUGCAAGGGUGUGGGUGGAUUGAAUCCCAAGACUUGCAGGCAGUGUCAGGGUCUGGGAACCGUCAAAACCACCUACUUUAACCAAACCUCUCAGUACCAGCUGAUCGGCUCGUGCAAGCCUUGUGCUGGGACAGGUCUAUUCAUAUCCCAACACGAUUCAUGUCCGUCAUGCGUUCGCGGGUACGUCACAGAGAAGAAGAUCAUCAAGAUAAACGUUUUGCCAGGAUCUAAUAAUGGCGAUAAAAUCAUUCUUCAAGGUGAAGCAGACGAAGGUCGUAACAUCAUACCAGGAGACGUUGUAAUCCACCUUCGCGAGAUUGCCCAUCCCUUCUUAGUGAGAAAGUUCAACGACCUCUUUAUGGAGCAUGAAAUUGACUUGAGAACUGCAUUGUUAGGAGGGGAAGUACUUAUAAACAACUUUGUUAAACCAGAUCAGUCAUUGAGGGUCUUCAUAAAUGUCCAUGGACAUCAGGCUGUUAACGAAUCGAUAGAUGGAAAUAUACAGUAUGGAGAAAUCACUGGGACCAUUAAUUCUGACCAGCCAAAGCUAGUCAAAGGAUUUGGAAUGCCUAUUAACGAGAUGGUCAAUGGGGGCGAAUACUUUGAAAACUUGAACGAGGUAGACGAGUAUAGAGAGAUCGCUUUUGAUUUGAAACGGUACAAAAGAGGAAACCUUUUCAUUAAUUUCAAAGUCAAACUACCAACUAUUGCUGAUUUUGCGAAUGGAGAGAGUGACUUGCAACAACUAUUGAAUAUAUUGCCAUCGACUAAUCCUCCAGAACUCCCUAGAAAGAAUAUCAUGGAAACAUAUUUAUCAAAUUUACCAGGAGAGGCCACCAAACCCGUCUCGAUAUCGUCGAGCGAUUCACUUCCCAUGAUGAGGAGUACUACGCUCUGGUGUGGUCAGAUGUUAAAAAUCAGGAUCUGCUGAGUAAUAAGAGAAGAAAGAAAAACCGUGGUGCUGAUGGUUCCGGAAGUAAGGAUCAUCCCAUAAGCAUUUGAUUUCUAACCGUUAGGUCCAGACAGCGGAUUUUGAAGGAUAUUGUCCUCAUUCUCUUCACUAAUGACUAAUUGGAGUACUUCGAACCGAAUACUCCAGUAAAUUGCAUAAUACAGAGAUAUCUGUAUAUGAGAGUUACGAAAAUCUCU